AUGAGUGAAAUCCAGAGAUUGCCUCACGUGGUGAACCCAAACCCUGUUCAUCCAAACGCCAAAACAACUACACAGAUCAAUAACGGCACCACCACGACGAAACUGAACAUCUCGUCGCCCGUUUGCCGCAACUGCAAGACGCAAACGACCCCGCUAUGGCGCCGUGACGAGACUGGCCAGGUCUUGUGUAAUGCGUGUGGUCUCUUCUUGAAGCUCCAUGGAAGACCCAGGCCAAUCAGCUUGAAGACAGACACGAUUAAGCUGAGAAACCGCAUCAAGCAGCCCAAUUUCUCCAAGAAGAAUAGCGCCCAUACGCCGGAAUUGAAGCUGAAGGACUCGAGGCCUCCUCUGUCUGGACUGUCUUCAGCAGCACUGUCUUCGCUGGUUCCUACGUUGCCUAGUGGUAAGAAGUCUCCAAGACAGAAUAGGAAACGGUCGCCUCCUCCAGACUUUGCUGUUCAGCCGCAACACCAGCCUCCACAGCCACAGCCACAUCAGCCCCAACCUCAGCACCAGCACCCGCUUCCACAUCAACAUCAUCUUCAGCACCAGCACCAACAUCAACACCUUCAGGGUCCUCCCCAGGGUCACCCUCAGGGACACCCACAGGGCCCUCCAGGUCCUCAGAUCCACCACUUGCCUGCUCUUGCUGGAAUGCCUACCUCUUCUACUGCUGUUCCCCUGCCUCUCUCCCAUCCAAGAGGACCUUCCAACCAUGGUCCUUUGCCUCACCAUUUGCACCAUCUCUCGGGUUUGUCGUCGCAGGUGCAGCUGUUGCAUUAUCCUUCUUCGACGCCAACGCAGUUUGCGCCUGGCUUGCAAAGAAUCACGUCGCCUCUUAUGCUUAGCACGACGCUUCUGAAUGCUCGUUCGGUUUCGUCUACGGGCGCUGCUUCGCCUAAGGGUUCGCUUUCGGCUGCUCAGGCUGCUGGCGCUUUGGAGAAUAUGCUGAAUGUGCUUGGUCCUUCUGCUACGUUUAAAGGUCCAGGGCAUGAGAAUAUGAAUGGUGUGUCGCUUAUGGGUCAGUCUGCCAAAACACCUUCGUCUGCUCUUAAACAAGAAUCAAGGAUUUUGCCUGGCAUCACUCCUUCGUCGGGAACGUCCACUGGCGCUUCAUCUAACGUUAUUGCUUCGCCAUCGUUUGGUCCACAAUUCCACUUGGAUUCGCCAAAGAGAGACUCCCACCUGGUUCUUCCAAAACCAUCGUUGCCUCCUCUCCACCAGACUGUUUCCAGAGGUCUGAUGACGCCAGCUAACGGUCCAGUUACUACCCCUAGUUCUGUUCCAAGCUCUGGUCCAUUGCCAUCUAUCCAGAACCUUCACCCAGUGAAGACUGAAGAACAGAAUGGGUUGAGCCUUGAACACGCUAAGAUCGUUUCUAACUCGUCUGGAGAGAGCCAGUCCAACCAGCCUCCUCAAGAAAGCAAACAGCAAUCUGGAGAAUCUGGAAACACUGGUUCCAAUGCCGAACAACCUAGCCAGCAGCAGCAACAACCGUCUCAGCAAGGUUCAGGCAACGGUGAUGACGAAAAGAACAAUAACAACAACAAUAACAAUAACAGCAAUAACCACAGCCACAACUCCAGUGUUGCUGGAUCAGCUGAAGGUGCCGCUUACGAAAACACGUUAUUGAAAACCAGAAUCUCAGAGUUGGAGCUCGUCAACGAUUUGUACAGAACUCGUAUUAUGGAGUUGGAAGCCAUGGAACAGGCUGCCAGGUUGAGAGAGACUUCAAUGAGAAGAAGAUUGGAUGAGGUUAUUGCGUUGCAAAGCCAGAAUGCUGCUGCUCAACUGGGAGACGCUGCUGGUGUCGAGGAAAAGAAAGCAAAACCAGAACUCUAG